AUGUGCUUGCAUAAGGGCCAAGCGAAGGCUACUUACGGGACUGGGUGCUUCGUGCUUUACAAUACUGGUGACAUACGUGUGAAUUCCAGCCGAGGACUAUUGACGACUGUUGCUUAUCAACUCGGCAGCAUGAACCCACCUUCGUAUGCUUUGGAAGGAUCGGUAGCUGUUGCAGGCGCAGCGUUGGGCUGGCUUAAGGAUAACAUCGAAAUUCUCGAUAACGCCAAAGAUUCGCAGAAUCUUGCUGAGAAGGCGACAGACAAUGGCAGUGUUAUUUUUGUUCCGGCCUUCAGCGGCUUGUACGCUCCUUAUUGGAGGCAAGAUGCCAGAGGUGUCAUUUGCGGUAUCACUGAAGAUACGAACUCUAACCACAUCGUCAAGGCUGCCUUAGAGGCAGUGUGCUACCAAGUGCGAGACAUUUUGGACGCGAUGAACGAGGAUUGCGGCUUUCCACUUCAUCUUUUAAAGGUCGACGGAGGUAUGACCUCGAAUGCUUUAGUGAUGCAAACGCAAGCGGAUUUGAUUGGUAUCGAUGUAAUUAAGGCAGAUUUCACCGAGAGCACCGCUUUAGGCGCGGCCCUGGUCGCGUAUUGGGGCGUGGACGGCACUAACCAAGGCGUACCGAUACCGAUGACAUCAGGUUUUACAUAUCAGCCCCGCAUUAGCGAAGACGAGCGCGACAUGAGAUACAAGCAGUGGAAAAUGGCCGUCGACAGAUCGCUCGGUUGGGACCAAAAC